UUGUAAGUUAUUAUUUUGCACAAAUCCGUUCUCUAACUUUAUUUUCUUACGCUUUUGUGAGUGUGCAACAAUAGCUUUUAAAAAUUCCGCAUAAAUAUUUAAAGUCCCGACAGUCUGGCAACACCCAAGGCGCGACAAUAAUCGAAGCUUUUUAUCAACGGCCCAUCUGGUCACGCUGUUUUUUUUGCCGUAACUCACAAGAACGCACGAUUAGCGCGUGCAGCUUGAAAUUACAUAGAUUACAUCGGGAUUUUUGAAAAUGGGCAACGUGCUAGCGGCUUCAUCCGGCGCCCCAGGCGGUGGCGCCUCAAAUCUGGGCCUCGGCCUCCCGGAACCGGCUGUCCUGCCCUCCGAUUCCGGCUCGCCGUCCGGUUCGUCUUCGUCCGCCGUAGGCUCUUCAUCCUUCGCCGACAAGGAUGCGCCACUGGAGAACCCCGGCACCGUCGAGGAGCUGCACAAAAAGUGUAAAGAUAUCCAGGCCAUCACCUUCGAGGGCGCCAAAAUCAUGCUGAACAAAGGGCUGAGCAACCACUUCCAGGUGUCGCACACCAUCAACAUGAGCAAUGUGGUGCCCAGUGGCUAUCGCUUCGGGGCCACCUACGUGGGCACCAAGCAAUACAGCCCCACGGAGGCGUUCCCUGUCCUUCUGGGAGACAUCGAUCCGUCGGGCAACCUCAAUGCCAAUGUCAUCCACCAGUUCUCCGCGCGUCUGCGCUGCAAGUUCGCCUCGCAGAUCCAGGACUCCAAGAUGGUGGCCUCACAGCUGACAACCGAUUAUCGCGGCAGUGAUUACACCGCCUCGCUGACGGUGGCCAAUCCCAGUAUAUUCACCAACUCCGGCGUGGUCGUUGGCCAGUAUCUGCAGUCAGUCACUCCAGCCCUCGCCCUGGGCGCCGAGCUGGCCUACCAGUUCGGUCCGAACGUCCCCGGCCGUCAGAUAGCCAUUGUGUCCGCCGUCGGCCGCUAUACGUCCGGCAAUUCGGUGUGGUCGGGGACCCUGGGCCAGAGUGGCCUGCACGUGUGCUACUACCAGAAGGCCAGCGACCAGCUGCAGAUCGGUGUCGAGGUUGAGACCAGCCUGCGAAUGCAGGAGUCGGUGGCCACGCUGGCCUACCAGAUUGAUUUGCCCAAGGCAGAUCUGGUCUUCCGAGGCGGAAUUGAUUCCAACUGGCACAUCUCCGGUGUUUUAGAGAAGCGUCUAACCCCAUUGCCAUUUACGCUAGCGCUGAGCGGACGCAUGAACCACGUCAAGAACAACUUCAGACUCGGCUGUGGGCUGAUGAUCGGCUAGGCCGGAUCGAGGGCAGCCGAACCACCCACUUUAGCCUCAGACCCCAAGCACACACAUCCAUUGUAACUUUUUCACAUCAUCCGCUAACAACAACAACAAAAACAACAACAAAGAGAUAUAUAAAUCUGCUAACAAACGUUUUUUAUGAUGAUCUGUCGCUUGUGUGUAUAAGAAAUGCCUUGCAUACCGAAAAGGCGGCCAGCAUGGAUCUGGGAUCCUAUGGAAUGGCUUUUCCUCUUUAAUCCAUUAUGUUACCAGUGUGCCACUGUUCGUCGUCCGUUGUCCGUCGCCAAACUUUUCCCCACUGACAGAGUUAUAUAGGCGGCGUUAAAAUAUUCCACAAUGAUUAUACAUUUAUUCACUCAAUACACCGAACAACACACACAUCCAAAACUACAACAUGAAACUGUCACCGUACAUUUUAAGUUGCUUCCUAAACGUACGCAUUUAUUUAGACAACCAGCUAUCUCCUCCGAACCAACAAACAAUAUAAAAUAAACAAAAAGCAGAGACAAACAAAUAAUAAAUGCGUAUGUAUGAGAUGUAUGUUACAAGCUAUCAAAUUGGUAACAAACUGCUUUAAGUUUAUAAUUUAUAAUUUUACAAUUAGCUGUAAUAACAAAAAACCUUGUUAAACCAUCUUUUAUUACCUUUAUGGCGCGAAAGCGAUAGGCAGAAUUCAGAAAGAGACGGCGCCGAAAUGUUGUGAGGGCAAACAAAAACCAAACAAAUCAAACUCCUUAAAAAAUAAAAAAAAAACCCAAACAAUAUGUUAAACAUGUGAAAUAAAUAAUUUACAUUGUAAUUUACCCGUUCCGAAACAAGAACCAUAAAACAACAAAGAUAACCAGAUGAUAAAUAAAAACAAAAUAGGUUUUAGAAUAAAUAAAACAAUUUAAAUAAA